AUGUCGCUCCGAAUUAACCUUCCCCCUGCGACUCGAAUCUGUCUUGUCAGUCUUCUCACCCUCUCGCUACUCUACAAUAUUGCCAGAUGGCGACAAAUUGACACCACCGGCGGAACCCCGACCAUCUCUCCUCUCGUUCCCUAUCUAACCCUCGUGCCCUCAUACUUCUACUAUUAUCCCUGGACAAUCGUCACGGCAACCUUCGUCGAGCAGAACAUAUUCACCGUCCUGCUAAACGCCGCCACUGUAUUCUAUGGCGGCAAGUACCUCGAACGCGCGUGGGGCUCGCGCGAGUUCAGCAAGUUCAUCGCGGUCGUCGCCGUGAUACCCUGCGUCGCUAUCAUCCCAAUUUACUUGAUCUGGGGAGCAGUCGGAGGCUCUUCAACCAGAGCCCUGACCCAAAUCUGUGGCGGCGUCUCUAUCCAAGCCUCCUUCCUAGUCGCCUUCAAACAGCUCGUUCCGGAACACACCGUAACAAUCUUCAAAGGAAUAAUCAAGAUGCGCGUAAAGCAUUUCCCCGCUCUCUUCCUCCUCCUAAACACCAUCAGCGGCCUCGCCAUCGGAACACACACCGCUGCAAUCCUAUCCUGGCUCGGAAUCCUCACCAGCUGGACCUACCUUCGCUUCUACAAGCGGCAGCCCGACCUAACCGGCACCUCGAGCGGCACAGGCAUCAAAGGCGACGCCAGCGAGACGUUCGCAUUCGCCUGUCUAUUUCCCGACGUGAUGCAGCCGCCUGUGGCGUUCGUUGCGGAAAAGAUUUACGCUCUGCUGGUCGCAUCUAAUAUCCUGACGCCGUUCUCAGCGGACGAUAUCGCCUCCGGAAAUGAACUGGUGCUGGCGAGAGGCGAAGCGGGCUUGCCCACGCUAUUGAAUAGCCAGCGUGGAUCCAGGGGUGCGGCUAAGCGCGAGGAGGCGGAGCGCAGACGCGCUAUUGCGCUCAAGGCUUUGGAUCGCAGGUUGCAGGCUGCCACUGCUGGGCGCCCGCAGACUCACUCGCCUGGCUUAGGAGAGUCUAGUUCGAUGCCGCGUCCUGUUGCGACGAAUCCGGCUCCGCCUGUUGGUCAGAGCAUGCUGGGGGAAACGAGUUACAAUCCUGACCAUGCUUGA